AUGAAAAUCAUUCUGCUCUUAGUGCUGCUUGAAUCCAUACGCCUGGGCCAUGGACACAAGUUGGCAAAAGAAGAAAAACGGCGCUUGAUUGCGUACGACACGGAAAUAUUCCACAAAAUUCCCGAAUACACUAUCUACGAAGAGAAAUUGAGCGGACGAAAGACAACCAUCAUUCUCGAGACAAAGGCUGAGGAGAAGUUGGAGGAGAAGGAAAAGUCAUCGCAUCCCAGCUACGAGUUCGGAUACGGUGUGAAGGAUCCGAUCAGCGGGGAUCACAAGGAUCAGUGGGAGAAACGGCACGGAGAUCGGGUAAAGGGUGGCUACCGGUUCCACGAGUCUGAUGGAACGCAGCGGGUGGUUGAGUACAAAGCGGACGGUAAGCGUGGCUUCGAGGCGACGGUGAAGAACUUAGAACUCAAGGAGGAGAAGAAAGAAGAGCAAGAGGAAACAGAGGAGGAGGCAGUGGUGACGGAGGAAAAAUCGGGCGGUUUCAAGAAGGGCAAGGUGGCGCAUAGUUACAGUUACCUCAAGAGAACAGGCCACUAA